AUGCAUUCGUCUUGUAGAUUCACAAAGGAGAGAACCAUUCUUUUUGGACUGUGGUUUGGAAAAGAGAAGCCACAGUUAACGUCAUUUUUAAGGCCAAUCGUGAAUACAUGGAAUGACUUACAAGAAAAGGGUGUUGAUGUGAAUUUUGGCUCUUCAAGAAUAAAAAUGAAAGUGAAGAUUCUUGCCGCAACUAUGGAUUUGCCUGCUAUGAGCAUGCUGAAGGAAGUAAAGCAAUUUAACGGUGAAUAUGGAUGUGGUAUUUGUGAAGAAAAGGGGGUGCGAACAAAGAAGGGAAAGGGAACCGUCAACGCUUACGUAUAUCGUUCCCCAUCCAAACAGGCUCCAUUAAGAACAGCAGAACGGAUGAAACAACACGCCAGUCAAGCCAAAGUACUUGGGAAACCGGUAUUUGGCGUUAAACGGCGCUCAAUGGUGUCGUUCGUUAAGGGUUUUAAUUAUGCCUCCGAUGUAAUGGUGGACUACCUCCACGGGAUAUGCAUCGGGGUAACGAAGGCGCUGCUUAAACUUUGGUUGACUAAUAAGAAGCAACCAUAUUACAUCGGAGACAAACUUGAUAUGGUUGAUGAGCGACUAGCAAACAUAAAACCGCCAGAUAAUGUAACCAGAAACCCACGGUCGUUAGCUAAUGAGCUGUCCGAUUUUAAAGCUUCUGAAUACCGCGCCCUUCUAUUGUACUACGGUCUGGUAGCAUUUAGAGGGGUACUGCCUGAGAAAUAUUUCGAACAUUUCGCCAUGCUGUCGACGGCUAUAUACCUCCUACUUACAGAUGAAGUCACCGCAGAAAACCGUAGAACAGCACAGGAUUUAUUAACCAGAUUCCAUAUGCUGUAUGUCGAAUAUUACGGAGCAGAGAAUUGCACUAUUAACCUGCAUAAUGCAUGUGCACAUAUUGUGAAGUGUGUGGAGUUGGCUGGACCGCUGUGGGCUUUUGGAUGUUUCAACUUCGAAAGCAACUGUGGUACAAUGGCAAGAUUUGUUCAUGGAACCCGAUAUGUUGGAAUGCAGAUUGUAAAUGGCUACCACAUGCUGCAGAGGAUCCAUUCAAUUGGUGAGGUAAUUCGCAGUCAACCGGUUCGUGACGUAAUAAUGCGUGUGCAAAACAAGAGACAAAGAAAUGAGCAGUGUCCUGAACUGGGGAAGCUAAAACGUUUAAACAACGAGAGCUACGAGUGCAAAGCCAUCGCAGACUUAUUCCAAUGCAGGGAUGCUGUGGUGCAUUCCUUUUCUCGAUUGGUGAGAUGCAGAGAAAUACUGAUUUCUGAGGACUGGAAACGUCAAAAAACCAAAAACUCAACUGUCAUUUCUUACUUCUUAAACGGAACUCAACAGUAUGGUUGUAUUAGCCGGUUUCUUCGUGUCACUACAGACACGAAUACUUUCAACGUAGCUAGCAUCACACCAAGCGAAGUGACUGAAGAAAAUGCCUUUUCAAACGACGGCCAGAUUGGGAAACACACAAAGAAAAUAAAAUUUAUCAGAUCGAAGAAACACAUUAUCAAAAUAGAGGACAUCGGAAGAAGGAUGGUCGUUGUCAGCGAAGGGUAUGAUGAAGGCACAAUAAUCCCAGUUGUAAAUAGUACUGACCACGAUUGAGAAAACGUCAAGAAGACAAUGGUGAAGAAGACAAUCGUGUCGAAGACCAGUGAUGAAGGCGAUGCUUCUAUUCAAAACAAACUGCUCUUUUCAGAGCAUCCAAAUUACGAAAGAGAUAAUGGAUUAUGCAGACACACUCACAUUUAAUUCAUUCAUUCAUUUAUAUCAGUUAUUAUUUUAUUUCGCCUGAUUACUAUAUCCCUGUUUAUAGGGUUUUCAAAUUCAUUAACACAUUAGGCCAAAAGUAUAGUUUUGAGAUGUUGAGUAAAGGGCGUUUUUUGCUAAGCUUUUGUUAUGGAAAUGAAGUCUAUUGAUUGUAUUGUGUAAAAGCACUACACAAUUAGAAAACAAAUUCGGGCCUAUGGAAAGACAAUAGCAAUUAAGCAUGAAAAACUAUGCAGUGCAUUAAAACGCAUACAUUACACUACAGUUCUAAAUAAAAUAAAAGUGAUUUAAAAAUUAAAAUGAUACUGAUAGUAUAAUACAUAUUCCAAGUAUCGAAAUGCACGCCAUCUCGUCGUGAUUAAAUAUUUCGACAUAAUUACCGUAGGCCUAUAGUACAGUGGACCUUUAGUUCAAUACCAUCAGUGGACCUUUCGGUAAAAUAAUACUGUAAUAAUAAUAAUAAUAAUAAUAAUAAUAAUAAUAAUAAUAAUAAUAAUAAUAAUAAUAAUAAUAAUAAUAAUAAUAAUAAUGUUAUAAUGAAUAUUUAUUUCGUUCUUCUGAUAGGCCGAAUUAUCGGAAUUAUCUAAUAGUUAAUAAUAGGCCUUUUCCAUGAAUCGGUAGACAACAAAAAUAAGAUAAGAAUGUUAUUUAAAUAUCACCCUAUUACAUUAAUUUUUUUGAAAAAGUUCUUACAAGACUAUUCUACACCACUUUUAAUGAUUGGGGAAAAAAGUAAAAAUUUUGUUUGGCCUCUGAAAUAAAGAUAGAAAAAGAAGCGCCAAUCAAAUACUCAGUAGUCAAACAGCCAUAGUACAGUUACUGUAGAGUUGUACUAGACUAGUACUCGAGUUACCAUGACCAUCUCCAUGGUUACGUUAUUUGUUAAUUAACAGUCCCAGAUCGUGGACCCGUCCAUUCUACAGAAUGGGAGACCUGUGAGAUGGAUCAAAGGGUGAGCUGCGUGAUGGAUCACCAAAGCAUUAUCAUCAGAGAGCGUUAUAAAACGAAAUGAUGAUUAAAUGUACCUGUCUGAAUAUAAAUAAAGAAAGCAGCGCCUUCAGUAAAGAAUUUCCCACUGCCCGACUUUUGAUUUAUACCUCCACUACAUGAUUAAUUAUAUCAA